CCGCCGUUCGAACUUGCCCUCCGCGCCACGCCAUUGGCUGGGUGAGGCAAAGGGGUUGAGACUAAGGGCAGGGAAGCCGCCAAUAGCGGCUUGGCUAUCGGGGAGCGCUUUGAGUGUUCAAACGCGAUAGGCUCUCCAAGGCGAAAGGAAGCCCCGCCCUCCCCUGCGUGAUUGGGCGACGGCAUGCCCCGGUGCGGCCCGCUUCCCAAUAGUCUCAGGCGAUGAGGAUUGACGCGAGCAUUGGCCAAUGGCAGCGCGGAUCCGUGAAGCGCGCUCCAAUCGGGAAGGCGGGCGAGGUGCUCGAACGCUAGGCGGGAGAAGAUGGCGGUGCGGCGGCAGCUGCAGGAGGUGGUGCGCGACUCGCAGCUCAGCGGUGCCAUCGUGGUGGAGCGGCAGCCGUCGCCCGUAGCAGCCGCUCCGGUCCAGGUGUCGCCGCCUUCCUCGCCGCAGCCCGCGGGGCUGGCGUCGCUACCGCGGCGGCAGGAGCUGCUGCUGGAGCCCUGCGCCGUGUUCCAGUGCCGCGGCUGCUGGGCGGUGCUGAGCGACUCGCUGCAGCUGUGCACGCAUGAGGAGGGGCUGCUCGGCCUCCUCGUCUGCUACAGAGUCACAAAGGACGUGAUCUGGGAGGACUCGCUCACGAUCGGCCUGGAGGGACCCCUGCUCGGGUGUGCUUACAACACACUGACCUGUCAGUCGUGUGGCUUGAUCGUGGGCUUCAUUCUUUAUUCUGCCUCCAGGGAGCUGGCGUAUCUGAGAGGCUUCUUCUGUUUCUUCAAGGACAGCAUCCUCUGUUACCUCUUGAAAUCCCAAAUCGUAGUAGAAGCUUCAAAGAUAAUUUUUCCUCCUGAGACCUUAUGGGAACGACUGCAGAAACUGAAGGAAAAGCUUGUGGAGAGCCACACACGUGUAGAAACACUGACGAAGAUGCUUAAGGAACUGGAGGAAAAAAACAAUGGGCAGAAAGGCAGAGCUCUGCAUCAGAUGCAGCUGGACUGCUGCCAGGAUAUGCAAUAGUCAGGGUCAGCUAAUAAUACACCAUUUCAAGAACUUCUGGAGUUGUUUCUGCAUCUC